AUGGAGGUUGUCAAGCUUACGGAUGAAUGUAGUGCUGCUAUACUCAACCAACCACCAAAGAAGAAAGAAGACCCGGGAUGCCUAACGAUCAAUUGUUCGAUUGGCACUCAACACUUCGGCAAUGCCUUGUGUGACCUUGGGGCUAGCGUCAGCAUAAUGCCCAAGGUCGUCUUCGACAAGCUCAACUUCACUCAUCUAACGCCAACACCAAUGCACCUCCAGCUAGUAGACUCUUCAGUCCGUUAUCCAGAGGGAAUCGCUGAAGACGUUCCAGUCAGAGUUCGAGACUACUUCAUCCCAGUUGACUUCGUAGUGCUCGACAUGGAAAUAUCAAAAGAGACACUGCUCAUCCUUGGGCGGCCAUUCUUGAGCACUGCUGGAGCACACAACGAUGUGGGAGUUGGAGAAAUCCGCUUCAACAUCAAUGGGAAAGAAGAAAAAUUCCUGUUCCAGCCCAAGAAGAAACAAUGCUCAAUGAUCAACAUCAAAUCCGGGCCAAGCACACAAGAAAAAGCCGAAGCGACGUCUCCUAGUCAAGAUCCUACGACCACACGAUCCACAAAGACAACCAAGAAGGUGUGGCGUAAGGUCGCAAGUUUGUCCUCGUCCAAUUCUCCAAGACGAGCCGAAUAG